GGUGCCACACUCUUGUAUUCACCGACAACUCACUCUGGGCAUGGGCAUGGCGGAUUCACAUCUGGAUGGGGUGCCGGCGAUGAGGAAGACGACGGUCUCCAGCUCCAGCAGCCUCAACAUCGCCUUCCUACUCUCCAUGGUUGCCACCAACCUGCUGUCCCUCUACCACCUCUCCACCCGCGCAUCCACCGCACCGCCGCUCCUCUUGCCGGCGGCGCACCAGGCCCAGGCCCAGGACGAGCAGCUCCUCCGCCAGCUGACCGCCAUCCGCGCCACCGUCUCCCAACUCAACCACCUCCGCUCCUCCACGCCCCCGCCUCCGCCGCCGCCACCGGAGCUCCUCCUCUACUCCCGCCUGGCGCCCCUCGCCUCCGCCUGCUCAGCCCACCCGGACCUCCUCCACCGAUUCAUGUCCUACACGCCCUUCUCCCCCUGCCCCGACGACGCCCUCUCCCUCGCCGAGCCCCUCCUCCUCCGCGGCUGCCACCCGCUGCCCAGGCGAAGGUGCUUCUCAUCAUCUUCGAUCUCGUCUUCUCACAACCUGAAUAAUCUGCCCACCGAUCCCUUCUCCCCGCUCCCGGACUCCGCCGUCCGCUGGCCUCCGGGGGCCAAAUGCACCUCCUUCUCCUGCCUCCCGCCCUCGCUCGGCUUCGACCUCGCGCGCACGGAGGCCGCGCGCUUCCUGCGGGCGGAGGGGCCCCUCGACCUCACGGUGCCGCAGCUGCUGCGCCUGGCAUCGCUCAGCCGCGCGGGGCCCAUCCGGCUGGGGCUGGACGUGGGCGGCGGGACGGGGACGCUGGCGGCGCGCCUCAAGCGGGCGGCCAACGCCACCGUGCUCACCACCACUAUGAACCUCGGGGCGCCCUACUCGGAGGCGGCGGCGGCGCGCGGGGUGGUGCCGCUGCACGCGCCGCUGCAGCAGCGCUUCCCGGUGGGGGACGCCACCAUGGACCUGGUGCGGGCGGGGCACGCCGUGAACCGCUGGAUCCCGGAGGCGGCGCUGGAGUUCCUGUGGUACGACGCGGACAGGGUGCUGCGCCCCCGCGGCCUGCUCUGGGUCGACCACUUCUGGUGCCGCCGCCCUGACCUCGCCGCCGUCUACCAACCCAUGCUGCGCCGCCUCGGCUACAAGACCCUCAAGUGGGCCGUCGCCGACAAGACCACACCCACGCCCACGGCGCCACCCGGAGCCAAGCAUGACCACGUCUACCUCACCGCCCUGCUGCAGAAGCCCUGAUCGAUUCAUUGCCAUUGCCAUUGUAGGUGGGAUCCUGGAACAAGGCUGUCACUGAGGUGAUCAAUUUAAUUGUGCAAUAAGCUCAAAGAGGAAUGCCAAUGCCAAGGCUCAACAAUGAGGAUGAUGCACUGAUUUGAUUUGGGGGUCUUUUUUUUACCAAGGACUGUACGUAACUUCUCUGUGGAAUCAUCAUUUUAUAAGGAAAGCCUCGCAUCUGCAAAAGAAUGCAAAUCCCCUUCUCACUCAAAUUUGCUUUGAAAGUUGACAUCUUCCUGUGGCUUAUGCUUCGGAAUAACAUCUUGAUGAAGGACAACUUCAUCAGGAGAGGGUGGAAAGAAAAAUUAGAGAGGUCAACUCUACACCGCAGAUGAGAUAGUGCCGCAUUUUUGUUUACAAAAUGCACACUGCCUCGAUUUGUUUCGAGUGUAGCACCUUCAAUUUUAGGAGUGAGCUCAUAAUAUUCCUCACUUGUUUGGGAAAGGAGGAUAUGAGGAAUUUGAUUGCUCUAGGAGUAACUGAUGUGGUGUGGUCGAUUUUGAUAGGAAAUUGCUAUGCAUACAGCUCAAUUGUCCGACUCAUGUACGACUAAAUUUGAUCAACGGUUGUAAAUGGCUGCAGGCGCAUAUGAACAUACUUUCAUUUGAUU